CUGUGUGUAGGGCUCAUCUUGUGCCCGUGCAGACGCAUCUCUGUCAAACCAGGAGGCCUGAAACCAAAGGCGGUUCCAUCGCGCUACCUGGGCCAGCCCAGCCCGUUCACGCACCCCCACCUCGUCAAACCCGGUGAGGUGACCCCGGGCAUCAGCCAGACGGAGUACGAGCUCCGCAGGCACAAGCUGGCCUCACUUAUCGAGGCCCAGGCAGACAGGCUGGGGCCUUCUGCUUCCUCCAGCAACCACGUGGUCGUGUUGUUAUCCCAUCCAACCCGUUACAUGACCAACGACAUCCCUUAUCCUUUCCACCAAAACCAGGAUUUCCUCUACCUCAGUGGUUUCCUAGAACCCGACAGUGCUUUGGUUCUUCAUGGGAGAAGUCGACCAGACCAGGCCACCCUGUUCGUCCCCCGCAGAGAUCCCAGCAGGGAGCUGUGGGAUGGACCCCGGUCAGGGAGGGACGGGGCCGCUGCUCUGACCGGCAUAGAGAGGGUCCACAGCAUAGAGGAACUGGGCGUUGUGUUAAAGAGCCUGAAAGGCACUCAGCUGUGGUACGACGGGUCCCCGCCUGCCCACCCUCGCCUCCACCAGACCCACCUGCUGCCCGUGCUGGAAGCGGGCCCGACCCCUCGCUCGCUCAGACCCCUCGUGCACUCGCUGAGGGCCCUCAAGAGCCCAUCCGAGGUGGCACUCAUGCAAGAAGCGGGUCGGAUCACAGCAAAGGCUUUUAGAAGAACAAUGGCUCUGUCUAAAGGAGACGUGGAUGAAGCUGUGCUGUUUGCAAAGUUUGAUUUUGAGAAUCGGAUCCAUGGCGCCAACUUCCUGGCCUACCCCCCCGUGGUGGCCGGAGGGAAUCGAGCUAACACCCUGCACUACAUUAACAACAACCAGAUUAUCAAGGAUGGCGAGAUGGUCCUGCUUGACGGUGGCUGUGAGUACUUUGGUUAUGUCAGUGACAUCACUCGGACAUGGCCGGUGAAUGGAAGAUUCAGCCCGGCCCAGGCCGAGCUGUACGAGGCCGUGCUGGAGGUUCAGCGCUCCUGCCUGUCCCUGUGCUCCCCGGGCGUCAGCCUCGACCACAUCUACAGCACCAUGCUAGCCCUACUGGGCCGGCAGCUGAAGCGCCUCGGCAUCCUCAAGGCCGCUACCAGCGACGCUGACGUGCUCAAGGCUGCGAGGCGGUACUGCCCCCAUCAUGUGGGCCACUACCUGGGCAUGGACGUGCAUGACACUCCCGAAUUAUCGCGCUCGCAACCUCUCCAGCCAGGAAUGGCCAUCACCGUAGAGCCAGGGCUGUACAUCUGUGAAGACAACGAGCAGGCGCCGAGGCACUUGCGCGGCCUCGGCAUCAGGAUUGAGGACGACGUGGUGAUCCGAGACAAAGGGGGGCCCCUGAUUCUGUCCUCCGACACGCCGAAGACAGUCGCCGACGUGGAGGAGGCCUGCUCCGGGAGAUAG